AUGGAGGCACGGGCGCGGUGGAGAGAGCUGAGAACUGUGACGAAUGAGGGAAGGAAGAGGGAGGCCACCGAGAGAGGAAGAGAGGAUGGGGUCCAGGACUGAAGGAUGCGCGGAGACUGAUAACCCCAACUGACGGACCUACCGACCAUGCAAGUCGCGGAGAUUCCUCUUCCAGCUGGCGCGCAAUCGAUGGAAGCUUCGUCCUCAAGGUUGAAGAAGACUCGGCGUUGGUGAGUCAGCGAAGAUCUCUCUCUCUCUCUCUCUCUCUCUCUCUCUCUCUCUCUCUCUCUCUCUCUCUCUGCAGAUCUCUUCGUCUUUCUCUCUCUCUCUCUCCAGAUCUCUCCCGUAUCUAAUUCUGUCUCGUUUUCCUGGUCAGGUUCUUUGUGUGGACGGCCCGGGCCGGGCUGGACCUUCAGGAUUUACGGCCCAGUUUGCGGGGGGGGGGGGGGGGGGGGGGGGGGGGGGGGGGGGGGGGGGGUGGCGAGCCUGA